AGGACGUCAUCCGACAGCCGUGAGGUGUCCAGGCUCAGUCAAGCAAGAGAGGAAGACCGUACGAUAGAGAAGACCUUUCUGCAUUUAUACCGUUCGAAAGACAAGUUAUCCCUUGCAUUGCACACGAAGCUCCCCUACUGCCCUUGUCAACAUCUAUUGACUGCUCUGUUGCAUCGAGACGCUAGUACAGCCGUCAGUAAAUGAUGUCGAACGAAGAUACCAACUCGCUGUACAAGUUCACGCCAACGCAAGAUUGGUUCUCCUUCCACAUAGACACAUGGAGGUCGUUGUUUCCCUUGGUCCAAUCUCCACGCCCUCGUGUGCUGGAAAUCGGGUCCUGGGAAGGCCGCUCUGCCGUGUUUAUGUUGACCGAGCUGUGCGCCACUGGCGGCGAGGUCGUCUGCAUCGACCAUUUCGACCUCAUGGAGACCGACGCAGGGCGCGAGCGUUACGCGAAGAUCACUCAUAACCUGUCCCUGACUGGGAAACCGUUUCGCAUCCUGGAUGACUUCAGCGUCCCCGCGCUAAUGAUGCUCUUGCAAGAGGAAAUGUCAUCCGCUCACCCAGGCUUCGACUGGAUCUACAUAGAUGGAUCGCACGAGGCUGAUGACACGUUCCUUGAUGGAGAGCUGGCGUGGAGGUUGGCGAGGCAGGGCGCGAUCAUGAUCUUUGACGACUACCACUGGGACAAAGAGCCUGAGGACAGCAUUCACCACCCCAAGCGCGGCAUCGACGCUUUCAUGACGCUGCACGCUGGGGAAUUUGAGCUGUUGACGAGCCACACCCAGUACCAGGUGGUCCUGCGAAAAUCAUGCGACAUGCGCAUCGGCUUCCUCGUGAAGGGAAACGCAGACCACGGACUGGACUCGGCGCUCGGGUACGGUGUGCAUGUCGUCCUCACCAUUGACUCUCCAUACGCGAUGGCAGCGGCGGUUACCAUCCGCAGCGCCAUUGCACACACAAGCGGACGCUUGACGAUCUACGUGAUCAAUGCCGGCCUCACCGAAGAAGACAAAGAUCGCAUUCGCGCGUCAGCCCCAGUGCAACGGGAAGCCACCAUCGUGUUCCUCAGCCUCCCCAAAGAUAGUUUCGCGAGAGCAGAAAGCAUGAUCUGGGCGAAGAUCGAUAUGAUCCCCGCACUGCCUGUUGAACGAGUGCUCUAUCUUGACGCAGAUCUCCUCGUGCGAGGAGAUCUGCGAGAGCUUUGGGACACUGAUCUCCAGGGCAGGUCCCUGGCUGCCGUCACGGAUGUUGGCUACCCGCGUGGUCAUAAGGGACCAAAGCGCCCGUACUUCAAUGCAGGUGUGCUGCUUAUGGAUCUGGCGAAGAUCAGAGGAAACAUGGACGCGCUACGCACGACAAUGGACGGGAUGACGACUAGCCGAUUCCGUGAUCAGGAUGCAUUGAACGUCCAUUUCGACGAUGACUGGGUUCCGCUGUCGUUGAAGUGGAAUGCGCAGGGCUUGGGAACAUAUGCCGAGUUACCUUCCGCAGAUCGAACGACCAUCAGCCUCGCAGAGAUGCACGAUCCACGCAUCGUCCAUUUCACUGGUCCUGUCAGUCCAGAGAUGGAGAAAGUCCUGAACCCGUACGUGCAGCCGUACACGGCAAAACCAUGGGGAUAUGCGGGCGCGCCGGGACACCCGUACCAGGAGGAAUGGUGGAAGAUGCUAGAGGGUACUGCUUGGAAAGGUUGGAGACAGUCCGAUGAAUAUUGCGCCUCUUGUGUGCAGGAGAGGGAUAAUGCAAUGCGUGCUGCUUGCGAUCGUUUCAGACAGAGGGUCGGAGAGGCCGUAGUCAUUCAUUAGCUUACGCAUUUUGCAUUACGUUGUUGACGGAAUCUUCCACCUCAAACGACUUAGCUAUGAAGGAAUGGCUCUCUGAUCAUUGUCGUCCAAAGCCGGCUUGGGUUUGGACGGUAAGUGUAAUGGUCCAUAUCAGCUCGAAGACACGCGAGGCAGUCAUAUUAUUCAUUUGUCUACUG